UGCAGAAGUCUGUGCUCUGGCCCUAACGGUCUAAUGUCUAAUGUAUUCUAUAGAAGUCUGUGUUAUUAAAGGCCGGUUGUUCCAAUUUCUCGUACAUACGUCCAUAUCCGAAAUGAUCCGAAGUGACUCGAAGUGACCCGAAGUGAGCAAAAGCGAACGCUUAUAUCGAUAUCGUUUAGACGUGACACGUUGGUACAUUCGUGUAUUUGUUCACAAUGAACGCGUGGAUGAAAUACUUUAAAACCAUUCCAACACACAUGGAUUAUGAUGGACAAGCUAGAGCAGAGAGAUUAGCAAGAGUCAUAAUAACAUUGUUUGGUGUAGUUGGCUUGACUUGGGGAUAUAUAAUUCAACAAUUCUCACAGACAAUCUAUAUUUUGGAUGCUGGAUUUGUCAUGGCAGCAUUAAUUACUGUACCUCCAUGGCCAAUGUAUCGUCGCAAACCAUUAGAUUGGCAAAAACCACAAUCGGAAAUGACUACUAAACCAAAAAAAAAGAAAUAAUUGUAGAAUAUCUUUAUGAUAUCCUAAAUGAAAUCUAAUACAGUGAAGUGUUAUGCGAUCUUGCUCACACAAACUUUAUUCUUAAGCAAAAAUCUAUACAUACCAUUGAGCAUUUUUUUUUAUAUGAUUAUGAUAGAGAAAUAUUUAAUGUAUUAAUAGACAGGUACAAAUGAGGAGAAAUUGAGACUCUUUUUGUAAUAUAUAUCUAUAAUUUAAUGUUUCUCGCAUAAAAAUAGAUUAUAAAUAAAGUAAUACAUUCGUGAAAUUACAAUAAUGUUAUAUUAUUUUGAAAACUAAAUGGCAAGAUCUUAUAAUUACUUUGAGUUACUUUGAGUUGUUAUUAAGGAAAUAGAAUUGUAAAACUACUUUGUUGAUGAAUUAGAUAUAUAAUAAUAUAGCAUAA